AUGUUUCGCCAAGCUGCUCUGCUGGCCUUUGCGGCUCUCACUUCCCGCUCCAUUGCGCAAAUUUCGGACGAUUUUGAGAAUGGCUGGGACCAGACUACAUGGCCCACCUAUGCACCAGAUUGUAAUCAGGGGGGAAGCGUCAGUCUUGACACCACAGUAGCUCAUAGUGGCAGCAACUCCAUCAAGGUCGUCGGUGGACCCAAUGGCUAUUGUGGACACAUCUUUUUCGGCACUACCCAAGUGCCGGCCGGCGAUGUAUAUGUUAGAGUUUGGCUUCGACUUCAGACUGCUCUCAACAACGAUCACGUUACAUUUGUUGUGAUGCCAGACACCGCUCAGGGCGGUAAGCAUCUCCGUGUCGGUGGUCAAAGCGAAGUCCUCGACUACAACCGCGAAUCCGACGAUGCUACACUCCCGGACCUAUCUCCAGCAGGCAUUGCCUCCUCGGUUGACUUACCUACCGGCUCGUUCCAGUGUUUCGAGUAUCAUCUGGGUACUGACGGAACCAUUGACACCUGGUUGAAUGGCAACGAGAUUGUGGGUAUGACCGCUGGGCCAAAUGCUAACAAUCCGAAUGACGCUGGCUGGACCAGAGCAUCUUAUAAACCUGCCAUCACUGGUGUCUACUUUGGCUGGGAAGCCUACAGCGGAGAUGUCAACACCGUCUGGUUCGACGAUGUUUCGAUUGGAUCUACUCGUCAGCGUCUCAUCUACCCUCACUACGAAACCAAGCACUACCAUUCGGCCAACAAGUUCAACGACGACAAGCGCUGCGGGUCCUACACAGACUAA